GUGAUACCAAUUCUCAAAAUGGAUGGUAUAAACCACUCUGUGGUGAAUGAAUUUGUGAUGCUGGAGCUGUCAGCUUCUUGGGAGAUGAAGAUUUUCCUCUUCUUAUUUUUCUUUUCAUUCUAUGUGGGAAUCGUGCUGGGUAAUCUCUUCAUUGUGAUCACUGUGAUUUUUGACUCUCACCUUCACUCUCCUAUGUACUUCUUGCUGGCCAACCUUUCUCUUACUGACUUCGGUCUGUCCUCUACAACAGUCCCAAAGAUGAUCCUUGACAUUUUCAGUGAACGUAAGGUCAUUUCUUUCCCAGGAUGCAUGAUGCAGAUGUUUAUUAUCCAUUUGAUAGGAGGAACUGAGCUGGUCCUGUUGAUAGCCAUGGCCUAUGACAGAUAUGCAGCCAUCUGUAAGCCUCUCCAUUACCUGAUUAUUAUGAACCGCAAAGCAUGUAUUCGUUUUGCAGCUGUUGCCUGGAUGAUUGGGUUACUCCAUUCGGUGUCUCAGUUUGUUUUUGUUAUAAAUUUGCCCUUCUGUGGUCCUAAUAAGCUUGGAAGCUUUUAUUGUGACUUCCCCCAGGUUGCAAAACUUGCCUGUAGAGAUACUUCCAGGGUGGUAUAUGGAGUCACUGUAAAUAGUGGGCUUGUCACCAUGAGUACCUUCUUCCUUCUAAUCACCUCCUAUAUCAUUAUUCUGGUCACUGUCAGACAGCACUCUUCAGCUGGUUUGUCCAAAGCUUUUUCCACACUCUCAGCUCACCUCUCUGUGGUGUUCUUGUUUUUUGCCCCUUGUUUCUUUGUCUAUGUGUGGCAAGUUCCUACAUUAUCUUUGGAUAAAUUUUUGCUCAUUUUUAUUUUUCUUAUAACCCCAUUCUUGAAUCCUGUCAUAUAUACAUUUAGGAAUAAGGACAUGAAGAUGGCAGUGAAAAGACUAACCAAGAGGAUUGCUGUUUCUGUGGAAUUUCCAUGA